CCUUCUUUUUAACAAAAAAAAAUAAAUAUCUGAAUGACUCACACUGGGUCUGAAUGGAGCGUGUUGUAUAUAAAUCAAUCUUGAAGGCCACCUCUUGGUCCCACAAUCUCACACACUCCCUCAGGCUCCACACACCCAUUAUGAGACCAUCCUUUUUUACCAGUACAUCCUAGUACCGUGAAUAUAAACAUAGCAUACUUCUACAAAAUUAAAUUAUUUUUGCACUUUGAACUCCAAAACAAGAAAUCCAGGGUGUGAGCCAUGAGGUCCAGCUUCUGUCUGUUUUUCUUCUUGCUACUGGUGUCAUACGGCUCUGGAGCCGUCAUCACAGGGUCAUGUACAAAAGAUUCCCAGUGUGGUGGCAGUAUGUGCUGCGCGGUCAGCCUGUGGAUACGCAGCCUUCGGAUGUGUGUGCCGAUGGGAAUGGAGGGAGAAGAAUGCCAUCCUAUGAGCCAUAAGGUUCCAUUCGGUGGGAAGAGACUCCAUCACACAUGCCCAUGUUUGCCAAACUUGGCAUGUAUUACUACAGAGGAAGGCAACUCCAGAUGUCUCUCACUAUCCAAGUUCCAAGAUUAUUAUCUCUGAUCUAUAUACAUGCUCAUAUGUGCUAUGAAGGCUAUAUAGAAUGUAUAAUGUCCAAUUUGUUUAGUUCAUUUAUGGAAAUAUUGUUAUUUAUUUAGAAAAAAAAGUCCUUACAUAUAAUAUGUUGAGCCAGGACUAAUCAAAUCUGUCUCAAAAUGUCUUCAUUAAUAAAACUAAAGAUAAUUACAUUUUGUUGCAACAAAGUCUGUACAUGAACAAUGAAGUACUCUAUUAUUCUUUUAAAUAUUUUGUCUGGUUGAUGCAAUUACAGGUCACAAAUGAUUUGGUUGCAUGGUUUCACAACUCACUUGCAUUGCUUCCUCACUGCUCCAAGAUCCCAGGUUCAAACCUGAGCUUUGGUUGCUCUCUGUAGAUCUCCUUCAGGUUCUCCACCUCCCUAACAUGACUGGUAAAAUUUGGUAUUAAAUAAU